AGUGUUGUGUUGGAGAAGGAGACGCAGGAUAUUGUGAAGAGAAUAUUGGAGAAGCAAAAUGAGGCGGGGGAGGGGGGGACGGUGAGGUUGCCGAAGGUGAAUGGGGGGGAUGAUGGGGGCGAGGAGUUGGUGUUGGAGUUGCCCGGGAGGAAGCUGGGGUUGGCGCAGUUGCAGAGGUAUAGGAGGGCGUUUGUGGGGUUGAAUAGGGGUGGGAUUGGACUGGAGGAGGUCGGGAAGUUGGCGGCGGGGAGGUUGAGGGAGAGUUUUGUGGGGUAUCUGAAUGAUGCUUUUGAGAAGGAUGGGUGA